AUGGCGCGACCUGGACCCAGCGCUGAUGGAGAAUGGACUCAGUACAAGAGCGAGAUGGAGUCAUUGUACUUGACACAAGGCUUGACGAAAGAGCAAGUGCUGGUCUUCAUGAAAGAAAGAUAUGGCUUCGAGAAGACGCUGUCUCAGUACACACGGAAAUUCAGCAAAUGGGGUUUCUCAAAGUACACCAGGGAUGACAGCUGGAAGUUUAUCAGUCAUCGCAUACAGAAGCGGCAGCUACUUGGAAAAGAGAGCGUGGUGUUCAUUCAUGGCAAGAAGCAGGCUGCUGAGAAGGUGCGGAAGGAGAUCGCUCGCCAUGUACCUCUGCUUGAGACCUACCGGCGAGCUUCUGCAGGCGGCCCUGCAACCCCCAAAGAUGUAUCUGUCUGCACUCCAGCCGCGUUCACAGAGUCCCAGCUGCACCAGCCUCGAGGUUUGCCUUCUUUUGAGCUCGAAGAUUUACUCGAGGGACAGCUACGUGCACACUUUCAACCUACUCCAUUUGGGCAAGUUUCCAAUGAAGAGUACUCGCCGUUCGCGCCUAUAUACUUCACCGACGAUGCAUUCGACUGGUCGGAUAUGACUUUUCAAUUUUCACCCGAUCCAAACACUUUGAGUGCUGAUAACACUUGGCUCCAUGCCACUUUCGACUACCAGUCACCAGCCAAUCACCGCCCUUCAGCAUUGCUUCCGGGAGAUCCAAGUCUGCAACAAGCAUUUGCCGCAUUCUCAGAUGCUGCAACUGCAGAAUCCGUACGCGAAGUACGACUACUAUUGGCAAGAUGCCUCGAGGAAGGUAAACCUCUUUCAACUGCCGCCGAGAUUGAUCACAUAUAUUUGCGCUUAGAGCCCUUCAUGGUCGACAGAGACAACGGCGGACUUGUGGCCGGCGUGAAGAACCUCUACAACUCCCAACGUCAAGUCGUGCUGUCUCGACUGUUUGUCUUUUGUGCAUACCUCUCUUCCAACAAUCUGAUGUCAAAUACCGAGACAGCCAAGCUCGUGAAAUGGAUAUCGAAGAACGGACAAGCAUGGGUGAUCAAGGAGAUUCUCAAGUCGUCUUCAUUGACAGCAAAUAUAUUUGCGUCGAACAUACUUGUCAACGCCACAGAGCUGGGAGACAUUUCGAUGGUGAAGUACCUUAUUGAUGUUGGAGUUGAUGUCAAUGCUCCAGGAAGCGGAAUAGAGCGGAAAACAGCUCUUUCGGUGGCCGCAACGACAAGGAAUAUGCAGCUGGUGGAGAUAUUACUCGCCGCAGGGGCAGAUCCGAACAUCGUGGUUGCAGGCAUGUUUGCAUGGACACCCAUCGAAGCUGCAGUCAGGGCAGGCUCCGUUGCGAUGGUCAAGAUGCUACUGGGAGCGGGUGCAGAUCCCAAUCAGCUAUCUCAGCCCGGUAAACGUCUCCCUUUGAUGCUGGCUGCGAAAGAUUGGUCGACAGAGAUAAUGGACAUAUUAUUAAAGGCCAAUGCCAAUCCCAACGCAGUCAGCGAAGACAAUGACGAUAAUCCGACUGUUCUGCAAGUAACAGCUGCCAACGGGUCAUCAGAGAUGGUUCAUCUUCUAGUCGGCGCUGGCGCAGAUCUUGUUGCACGAUUUGGGGAGGCUUACGAGGAGAUGCUGACUUGGAGCGAGUAUCGCGACCCUGGCUGGGCUAAAACACCAUUGCAGCUCGCCGCCGAGGCAGACGACCUUGCCUCCGUCCAGAUCCUACUUGCGGCGGGCGCUGAAGUUGACUCGUCUCCAGCAAAUUCGUGCGAAGAUUUCAUAAGCGACUUACUGGGAAGCGACCUUGAUGUCGGACUCGUAUCACCAUUACAAGGAGCUAUUUGGGCACAAAACACACUGAUGGUCCGAGUGCUCCUUGGUGCUGGUGCCAAUCCGGAAUUCAGGGGAAUGGAAGGAUACGGUCAUACAGCCCUCCAGGUGGCAGUGGCUACUCAAAACGAGGCAAUGGUGCGGCUUCUACUACAGAAAGGCGCAAAUGUGAAUGCUGUGGCCGCAAGAUAUCAUGGGAGGACAGCGCUGCAGUUUGCUGCUAAAAGAGGCAACUUUGAGCUAGCUAAGAUGUUGAUAAACGAGGGCGCGAAUGUCAACGCCCUCCCCGCCAUUGAAGAAGGAAGAACGGCACUGCAAGCCGCAGCAGAGAUGGGAAGCUUAGAGAUGGUACAAGCUCUUGUCAAAGCUGGUGCACUGGUGAACGCGCCCCCCUCUUCGAUUGGAGGGUUGACAGCGCUGCAAGCUGCCGCGUCUGCGAAAAGGAACCGCGGGGAAAUUGUCGAGUUAUUGCUAAAGACUGGAGCAGAUCCUAAUGCGCCUGCAGCACCUCAGGAUGGAUACACAGCAAUCCAGGGAGCCAUCCAGAGUGACGAUAUCGGAGUUGUCAAGCUCCUCUUGGAUGCUGGCGCAGAUGGCAACGACGAAGCAAGUGAAGGACAUCGGUGGACUGCUUUGCAGAUGGCCGCCAUGAAAGGGAACGCUGAGUUAACACAGCUGCUCAUUCACGCCGAUGCCAAUGUCAAUGCCCCCGCCUACUUCGAUGGGGGCCAGACAGCUUUGCAAGCAGCAACCAGGAGGUGUUCAUCUACGCUCGUGCAGCUUCUCCUAGAUUCUGGGGCGGAUGUGAACGCUCCGGCCGCCCAUUUUGAAGGCAGGACUGCUCUACAGGUGGCUGUCGAAGAGUCCGAUCUACAUCUGGUAGAGCAGCUCAUCAGUCAUGGUGCAGAACCCAAUGCUCCAUCUGCUCCUGUGGACGGGAAGAGAGCCCUCGAAAUAGCCAUGGGAGCUUUCCCCCUUGAAGCCCAGAUUGUACAAACCUUGCUGAACGCAGGCGCCGACCCAAAUACCCCGUUCGCGAAUGGAUGGACCGCUCUUCAGGUGGCAUGCAUGAAAGGCAGCCUUCAGCUCGUGCGGAUGCUAUUAGCUGCAAAUGCCAAUGUCAACGCUCCAGCGAAUGUGGAGAUUGAGGGAACAAGCAGCGCGAUUCAAGCAGCGGCGAUGUCUCGAAACAUCGACAUAAUCGAGACAUUGAUAGCAGCUGGUGCGUGUGUGAACAGCCCGGCCAAUCCGAAAGAUGGGAUGACAGCCCUUCAAAUUGCAGCAUCGACCAAGUGUACGAAUGUCGUUCAAGCACUCAUACGUGAAGGUGCAGAUCCAAACGCACCUGCGAGCGCCGACCAGGGAAGGACAGCACUUCAACAAGCAGCGAAGGUCGGCGACAUCAAACUCGUGCGACAGCUUCUCAACCUCGGCGCCGAUGUCAAUGCGCCCGCUGCCGAAAUCGCUGGAGUCACCGCACUCCAGGCCGCGGCGAUCCAGGGCUAUGCUCGGAUUGUUCUCAUCCUCCUUCAAGCAGGGGCGAAUGUUGGUGCCCCGGCGGCUAUGAGCGACGGAAGGUCGGCCAUCGAAGGAGCAGCCGAACAUGGCCGCCUGGACACACUAGUAUUGCUCCUCGAUGCGCACGAAGACGACGAGCGCUUGGAUUACCAAAGGAAGAGAGCUGCCAAGUUAGCUGACGACAACGGGCAUUUUGCAAUUGCGCGAUUCCUCCAUGCGUACAAGAAGACUUGA